AUGGUGAAUUGCUACGAAUGCGAAUCGUUUGGAGCAGAAUGUUUUACAGGACAAUGUACAGCUCAGUAUUGUCUCUACCAACGUCAGCGACGUCGUUCGACUGGCACAACCUACAUCAAAAAGUCAUGCACUAAUAUCCCAUUUGUGGAAUACCCCGAUAACAGACCUUCCAGUGCACUGAACACAUGCGAGUACCGGACAAUCGACGACAUCCAAUAUGAAGUGAAGAUUUGCAACACUGGCAACAACUGCAACAUUGCCUGUCCCGCGCAGGACGGUAAGUGGAUGCUAGAGAAUUGUCACACAGAAAGAAUAGAAAUUGAGGGAGGACGAGAUGUGGCGAAGGAGAGAUUGGAAUAA